UUGCUCUGAGAAGGCUACCUUCAUCUCUGCCCCAGGAGCUGCUUGCAAACUCCACAGCUGAGUCUGCUUGUGUUCUUGAAGAUGCUCUACAUUUCAGGCUUAUCAAAGAUUAAAUUGAUAUUUAUGGGCUAACCUGGAAAUUUACAAUUUGUUUCACUACAUCUGCAAGAAAGUAUGUGCAAAUUCCAGUUGACUGAUUUGUAAAGGGGCUUUUAGAACACAAUUCAGUUUUAUCAAGAACUACUCAAGCCCCGGCAACCGUUGUAAAGAUGGAAUCAUGAACAUGGCAACCUUCCUACGGGGCUUGGAAGAGAAGGGGUUGAAGAGCGACAGGCCUGGGGACCAGUUCAGUAAAGAGAGGGAGAAGGUUCUCGUCUCCUUUUGUGAAGUGUGCAACAUCCAGCUAAACUCUGCUGCUCAGGCCCAGGUCCACUAUGACGGCAAAUCCCAUCGAAAACGGGUCAAGCAGCUGAGCGAUGGGCAGCCCCCACCCCCGGCCCCGGGCUCAGUGCCACUGCUGGCCAGCCCUUGCCCUUGCCCUGGGCCAGGCCUGAACACCAGCACAGGCAGCGCAUGCCACACCACUACCCUUCCUGCCCUCGUGCGCACACCCACCCUGAUGAUGCAGCCUUCUCUGGAUAUCAAACCGUUCAUGUCUUUUCCAGUGGACAGUAGCUCUGCCGUGGGGCUCUUUCCAAACUUUAACACAAUGGACCCCGUGCAGAAAGCAGUCAUUAACCACACGUUUGGAGUCUCCAUUCCCCCAAAGAAGAAACAAGUUAUUUCCUGUAAUGUCUGUCAGCUUCGCUUUAACUCGGAUAGCCAGGCCGAGGCCCACUACAAAGGAAGUAAACAUGCCAAGAAGGUCAAAGCUCUAGAGGCAACGAAAAAUAAACCCAAAAUGGUUCCUUCCAAGGACAGCGCAAAGGCUAAUCCCAGCUGCUCCAUCAGGCCAGGCACAGGCGACAGCUCUGACAAAUCAGAAGACAAAGGGAAGAUAAAAGCCACCAGUUCCGGUCAGCCCUCAGGCUCCGAAGGAGGCUCCUUUCUCCUCAAAUCUGGCACAACACCCCUGCCACUUGGAGCCAUCGCUUCUCCCUCCAAGAGCACAAAUGGAGCUCCAGGGUCUGUUGCUGAGUCAGAAGAAGAAAAAGCCAAAAAAUUACUCUACUGCUCACUAUGCAAGGUGGCUGUGAACUCCCUGUCACAGCUGGAGGCUCACAACACAGGAUCUAAACACAAGACCAUGGUUGAGGCUCGUAAUGGAGCUGGCCCAAUUAAGUCCUAUCCAAGACCUGGGUCAAGAUUAAAGGUGCAGAACGGCAGUAAGGGCUCGGGACUACAGAACAAAACGUUUCAUUGUGAGAUCUGUGAUGUUCAUGUGAACUCAGAGAUUCAACUCAAACAGCACAUUUCAAGCCGAAGGCAUAAAGACCGUGUGGCAGGAAAACCGCUGAAGCCGAAAUACAGCCCCUACAACAAGCUGCAGCGGAGCCCAAGCAUCUUAGCCGCAAAGCUUGCAUUCCAGAAAGACCUGAUGAAGCCUCUGGCCCCGACGUUCCUAUCUUCGCCCCUGGCGGCCGCAGCCGUGUCCUCUGCGCUGUCGCUGCCACCUCGGCCAUCUGCCUCUCUGUUCCAGGCUGCAGCCAUUCCUCCUGCGCUGCUGAGGCCUGGCCACGGGCCCAUCCGGGCCACGCCCACCUCCAUCCUCUUUGCCCCUUACUAAACACCCAGAGCCCGCGACAGGCCAGGCCAGUGGGAAGGUGUAGAAGAAAAGCCCAAAGGAUUCAGCAGUAUAAGCCCUGUGUGUGACUGUAAGUACCCCACCCACCCACCCACUCACAAAGUGCAGGCCACCGCCCAGCCCCACCUCCAGGGACAAAGGGAGGCCAGGCUCAAGGGCUUGCUUGUCUCUCCCCUGUGCCCUCUCCAUCCUACCCCAGCCAAUUGGUGUAUUUGAGAUACUUAAGUUUCUUGGAAAUAUAUUGAUCAGAGAAAGAAACCCGACCUUGUGUAUUCCCAUGGCGUGAUGAUCUGGCUUAGAAACAAAAUGGAAUCUCCUCCUGACAGACUUGAACAGUAGGCUCUUCCUCGGAUGUCUGUAAAUAACUCCAGAAUCCAAGCGGGCAUAUUCUAAUGUGGAACAAAAGUCCAUCGCAAGUGCUUAAUUGUGGAUACCAUCCUCCCCACGGCUCAUGGCGGUUUUUUUUUUUUUUCUGGUGUACUAGUGUCCACAGGGAUUGUGUACUGUUCUAGACCCGAGUACUGUUGUACCCUGCGUAGUACUAGAUCGUAACCCUCGUUGAAUUCAACUUUUUUUCAUUGCUGUGUAAUUGUUAGGAAGCAGAGUAGCUUUGAAAUUUUUUCUCUUUAAGAGAACUAAAGAUAAUGUAUUUUCUUUAUUUCAUGUUUUAUUUGGAGAUAUUUAAACGAAAUAGAAAGCCAUAUAACAUAGCUAUAAUUACUACCUGUUUGCUAUUUUUGUUUUUAACUUAUUUUUGUAGCAUCCUCAUUGGGUUGAGUUGCUAAGCAAAUGUAUACAAAAAAGACAAAAAACAAAAAAACAAAAAAACAAAAAGAGCUUCCUAAAUUGCACAUUUUUGCACCUUCUGUGCAUCUGCAAGAAGACAGUGAAUCCGUGUAUUUCUACAUAAUGAUCUUCAUUUUAAACUUCUGUUUUCCAUUGGUAACAAUGCUACAUAACUCUGUGGCUCCCUGAUGCAAUAAUGUACAGAAGAUAUAUAAUUUAUAAAUUGAACAAUCUGUCUUUCUGUUCAAUGACUGUGUCGCAGGUCAUGUGACCAUGCUUCCCCUCCCCCCAUCCCUACCCCCCUAGUAUCCCCCCCCCCAAAAAAAAACAAAACCUGUUGUUAAGAAGACUGGAAUGUUGUGAUAUCAGGGGCAAGAGGUAUCAUAAAAUAACAACAUAGAGUGAACUCUUUUAGAGGGCCUAUAUCUGCAAUCUGUAAAUGGUAAAAUGUCUGUGUAUUUUUUUAAAUGUACCUUUUCAAUAAAAGUA